AUGGGUCUGAAUGGCGUCGAGAUCUUCACCAACAGCUCUGGAUCUCAUCAUAAUUUGAGAAAACUUGACCAGCGUGUCUCUCUCAUCCUUGAGGCGACUCGGAAGAGUGGAGGGAUAUACCUUUAUUCCAACUUGAAAGGAGGUGGUGGGGAAAGAUUGUACUAUGAUGGCUGCAGCAUGAUCGUCGUCAACGGCGAGAUCGUUGCCCAAGGUUCUCAGUUUUCUCUCGAUGACGUUGAAGUUGUUACCGCAACUGUUGAUCUUGAGGAAGUUAGGGCAUUUCGUUUUGCCCCCAGUCGAGGCUUGCAAGCAGUUCGGACUCCCGAAUAUAAGCGCAUCGAGACACAUUUUUCUCUCUCCGCGGAAAGUAAGCGGCUAGCUCUUGAUCUUGUUUUAACACCUCCUCGCCCUCUAUGGUCCCAUCGCCCCGAGGAAGAAAUUGCCUUGGGCCCAGCGUGCUGGCUAUGGGAUUAUCUUCGUCGCUCUCGACUUUCUGGCUUCCUUGUUCCCUUAAGUGGUGGCAUUGAUUCCUGUGCUACUGCAUUGAUUGUUUUUUCAAUGUGCCGCCUUGUUGUUGAGGCCAUUGAAAAUGGAAACCAGCAAGUCAUCGACGAUACGAGACGUAUUGCCGGGCCUUAUGAGAACCAAGGGUGGCUACCAAAAUCCCCUCAAGAGUUAUGUCACAACAUUUUCCAUACUAUAUACAUGGGAAUGGCCACGCAGUCAUCGAAGGAAACGAGAACCAGGGCCAGAGAUCUAUCUAAGGCAAUUGGUGCCUACCAUAUCGAUCUCGAUAUUGACGAAAUUUUCAAUGCUCAGAAAAAUACUUUUACUAAGGCUACCGGAUUCGAACCAAAUUUCAAGGUAUACGGUGGAACCCAGGCAGAGAAUCUGGCACUCCAGAAUAUUCAAGCCCGGACGAGAAUGGUCACUGCAUACGAAUUCAGCCAACUCCUUCCAACGGUCCGAAAGAGGCCAGGCGGAGGUGGUUUACUCGUAUUAGGUAGUGCCAAUUGUGACGAGGCUCUUCGAGGAUAUUAUACCAGAUAUGAUUGCUCAUCCGCCGAUAUAAACCCCAUAGGCUCCAUUUCAAAAUCAGAUUUAAGGAGAUUUAUUGCAUGGGCAGAGAAGGAAUUUCAAUUACCGAUAUUGAAAGAGUUUCUGAACGCAACUCCUACAGCGGAGUUGGAACCCAUAACAAAAGACUAUGUACAAGCCGACGAAGUAGAUAUGGGUAUGACAUACGAUGAGCUCUCAACGUUUGGAAUAUGUCGAAAAGUAUUAAAAUUAGGCCCAUACGGUAUGUUCGAAAAAUUACUACAUGAGUGGAAAAAUCUAGCUCCACGAGAUGUGGCAACGAAGGUCAAGCGAUUCUAUCACUAUUACGCUAUUAAUCGCUUUAAAAUGACUACAUUGACCCCAUCGUAUCAUGCAGAGGCGUAUUCGCCCGAUGAUAAUCGAUUUGACCUGCGCCCGUUUCUUCUCCCGCCACAAUACUCGAGUCAUCCCUUUCAGAAGAUUGAUCAGUUGGUAGAAAGAAUAGAGAGUCGCGAGGCGAAGAAAAGCACUGAAUAA